AUGCUUAGUCAAUGUUCAUCAAAUCCUUCAAUGUUAAAAAACUUGCCACCAAAGAAGGAUUCUUCACUUGAAUCUGAAUUGAUUGAUCCUCAUUUUUUCUUUCAAUUCAUAUCAUCUAUAUUCUAUGUUGGUUGUGGACUUAUUGACCGUCCUGAUUCUCAUUUUCUUCAAGCUCUUAAUGAACGUAUGAAUCCGACUAAUUUAGAUCCAUCACCAAAAAUUCAACGAAUAUUUUCAUUAAUGGAUCGUUUCAUCGAGCCAACAAUAUAUCAUGCACAAGAAAAUCUCUCAAAGCAAGAAUCCUUUAUGUAUGAAGCAAUUAUUAUAGAGACUAUUAGUCUCAAAAAUCUAACAAAUAAAACAUGUGGAAAUAAUUUGAAAAAAUUAAACAUGAAUACUCGACAGAGAAAAGUAUUAGGCACAUAUUUAAUGUGUGAAAUAUUCAAGAAAUAUGGAUCUAAAUUCGGAUUAACAGUAUUUGCUGGAAAUUAA